CUGGCCCCUUAUAAACAAGAUUUUGUGUCAUCUAAUCACUUUCACUCGACUCCUACAACUUCCAACUUCCAACUUCCAACUUCCAACCUCUCUAAUCCACUAUUAUUACGGAGUACUACUACACAAGUAGACAUAAAUAUACAUAUAUAGAGACCUAGAACUUUGCUAAAGAAAACUAAAUUCCCCAACUUUAAUUUCCUAUAAUUAAAGCAAACUAGUUUAUUUCCCUCCAUUUCAACCUUUUCUUCUUUCUUCUUUCUUCUUUCUUCAUUUGCAUUUGUUUUUUUGACCAAGACCAAGACCAAGACCAAGACCAUGACCACUGAAUCUGUUUCUCUUUCGUCGCAACCGCCGACCGUGGUUGUGAGCCCUUGCGCUGCCUGUAAGAUCCUACGGCGACGAUGCGCUGACAAAUGUGUAUUGGCACCUUACUUUCCGCCUACUGAGCCACUCAAGUUCACUAUUGCUCACCGGGUUUUUGGGGCUAGCAAUAUUAUUAAAUUCCUCCAGGAGCUCCCGGAAUCGCAAAGGGCGGAUGCAGUGAGCAGCAUGGUGUACGAAGCGAAUGCACGAAUAAGAGAUCCUGUUUAUGGAUGUGCAGGAAGUAUUUGUCAGCUUCAAAAACAAGUGAAUGACCUCCAAGCACAGUUAGCUAAGGCUCAAGCUGACCUUCUGAAUAUUAAGUGUCAGCAAACUAAUCUCUUAGCUUUAAUCUGUAUGGAAAUGGCUCACCAAAAUGAUGAAUAUAUAAUGUAAUGGCAUCUCUAUUAUAUACGUAGUACUCCGUAACUGAAUAGGUGAGGUGAGGUUAUUUUAGUGAAUUCACUUUUAGUGUCCUCCUUAGAUUACUAAAAUAUCCUCACACUUAUAGAAUAAAUAAUAUAGUGACAACAUACCCCCAUAUGAAAAGGUCAAACAAACAUUUUAAUCAAUUUAGCCCCUUCUAUAAAUUCGUACCCUUUUAAUCAAUAUGUUUAUAUGCGUUCGGCUCUAUCUAACUUAUAUGUUUAUAAUAUUCGCGCGCAUCGUAUUUAUAUUAUAUUUUUUAUAUGUUAUUUCA